AGAGCACUGCUACUAUCAGGGAAGGUUAAGAGGUUUACCAGAGUCCUGGGCAGCUCUCUCCACCUGCCAUGGCCUGUGCGGCAUGUUCUCUGAUGGCUUCUUUUCUUACGGGAUUGAGCCUGUUCAUAAUGGGAGCAAUCAGGAUGGUGGUGCGCACUUAAUCCGCAGGAUGCCCGAUAUCAAACUUCCCUUCCACUGCCCAGACUGUACAGAGGACAGUGAGUGGGAAAGCAGAGGAGGUGAUGGUGAUGAUGACAGGCCUGACCAAAUGAGAGAGCAGCAGGUGUCUGGGGGGUUGAGGCGAUCCAAGAGAUCUGUUCGCAAGCCCUCUGUCCAGACUGAGACUAAAUAUAUUGAGUUGAUGGUGGUCAACGACAACGAAAUGUUUGUACAGCUGCGUCGCUCUAGCAGCCAAACCAAGAACUUUGCCAAAGCAGUGGUCAACAUGGCAGAUGCGAUCUACAAGGAACAGCUGAACACGAGGAUCGUGCUGGUUGCCAUGGAGACCUGGACCUCUAAAAAUAUGAUGCCAGUAGUGGAAGAUCCAUUGAUAACACUGCAGAACUUCAUGAAAUACAGGAAGGACAACAUCAAAGAGCAGAGUGACGUCGUCCAUCUUUUCUCAGGGCGAACAUUUCACAGUAGCCGAAGUGGGACUGCCUACACAGGAGGAGUGUGCUCUCCCACAAGGGGAGGAGGUAUCAACGAGUAUGGGAAUGUUGGUGCAAUGGCCAUCACUUUGUGCCAGAGUCUUGGCCAGAACAUCGGCAUGAGGUGGAACAACGCACGCAACUCUGCAGGAGACUGCAGGUGCCCAGAUGCCUGGCUGGGCUGCAUCAUGGAAGACACGGGAUACUAUCUGCCCAGAAAGUUUUCUCGCUGCAGUGUUGAUGAGUACAUCCAGUUCUUGCUCCAGGGGGGCGGGAGCUGCCUCUUCAACAAGCCCAACAAGCUGUUGGAUCCUCCAGAAUGUGGGAAUGGUUUUGUGGAGCCAGGGGAAGAGUGUGACUGUGGAUCCCAGGUGGAGUGUGCUCGUAGUGGAGGAGCCUGCUGUAAAAAGUGCACUCUUACCCAUGAUGCCAUGUGCAGUAACGGACUCUGCUGCAGUAGCUGCAAGUAUGAGCGGAGAGGUGUGGUAUGUCGAGACGCUGUGAAUGACUGUGAUAUCCCAGAGACCUGCACCGGAGAUUCCAGCCAGUGCCCUCAUAAUGUCCACAAGCUAGAUGGCUACAUAUGUGAUAACAGUCAGGGCCGCUGUUACGGUGGACGAUGCAGGACUCGUGAUGGACAGUGUAGGGUACUCUGGGGUUAUAAUUCAGCAGACAGGUUUUGUUAUGAGAAGCUGAACGCUGAAGGGACAGAGAAAGGCAACUGUGGUCCAGGUCCUGAAGGUCAGGGCUGGCUGCAAUGCAACAAGCCGGAUGUUUUAUGUGGCUUCCUCUUCUGUGCCAACGUGACAAUGAAGCCAAAGUUUGGAGACCUGCAGGGUGAGGUGACAAGCUUCACCCUCUACCACCAGAACAAGUACCUAGACUGCAGAGGUGGCCAUGCUCUGCUGGAGGACGGCUCAGACCUGGGCUAUGUGGAGGAUGGCACUCCUUGUGGUCCCAACAUGAUGUGUUUGGAGCGACGCUGCCUCCCUGUGGCGGCAUUUAACCUCAGCACCUGUUCGGGAUCCAAUUUUGGACGCAUCUGUUCUGACCACGGGACCUGCAGUAACGAGGUGAAGUGUAUCUGUGACAGGGACUACACAGGGAAGGACUGCAGUGUCUUUGAUCCCAUCCCCGAGCCAACAGUCCCAACGGGCCCAGAGAAGAAAGGUCCCAGUGGCACCAAUAUCAUAAUAGGGUCCAUCGCAGGUGCUAUUCUUCUGGCAGCUAUAGUCCUAGGGGGAACAGGAUGGGGAUUUAAGAACAUUCGAAGAGGAAGAUCUGGUGGAGGAUAAGAUGCCUGUCUGUCUUUCUGUCUCUGUGUCCUGUCAACUCCUGUCUUCCUCCUCGCACUGUGUCGUUUCCACAUCGGAGAAGAGGGGAACAAAAAAAAGUCUUCCACUCCUGUCCCAAAAUCUCUCCAAUCCUCUUCCAAUUAAUGUUUCCUCCACGCUCCCGUCUGCCCCUUUCAUCUGUC